AUGAACGAAAACGUUAAUUAUAAUCCAUUACAUGCAGAACAAGAAGAUCUUGAUGAUUUUGAAAAUGUGAAUAAUAAUAAUAACAAUGGAUAUGAGAAUGAUGAUGAUUGGCUUGUUACAAAAGAUAUUGGCGUAUUUUCACUUGAUCCAGCUGAUAGAAAAGUUUUAAAAGUGGCUGAUCAACGGGAUGCUGUACAAAAGAAAACAUUUACAAAAUGGUUAAAUGGACAUUUAAGUAAAACUGAAGGAAAUGUGGAAAUAACUGAUCUAUUUAAUGAUCUGCGUGAUGGUCAUAAUUUGAUGACAUUACUCGAAAUAUUUACUUCUAGACAAAUUCCUCGUGAACGUGGUUCAUCCAAAUUUCAUGCCUUACAAAAUGUUGAAAUGUGCUUAUCGUGUCUAGAAAAACAACAUAAUAUUCGUUUAGUCAAUAUUCGUCCUGAAGAAAUUGUUGAUGGUAAUCCAAAACUAACACUUGGUUUAAUAUGGAGGAUUAUUCUUCAUUUUCAAUUUUCUGAUAUACAAUUGAAUCCAUCAGAUCUAAUUGAUAGUCCCACAAUAAAAACAAAAAUCGCCACGGUUAGAGGAGAAAAAUCGAAAAUAUAUAACGAUGAUUUAUCUUAUCGGAAUAUGUUGUUGAUAUGGGCAAGAAAACAGUGUGAACAUUAUCCGGGAAUAAAAAUUGAUGAUUUUUCAAAAUCUUGGAGAGAUGGACGUGCAUUCUUAGCCAUAUUACAUCGAAAAAAUCCACAAUUGGUGAAUAUGGAACAAGCAUAUCGCUCGUCUAAUCAUACUAAUUUACAAAUAGCUUUUGAUACAGCACAACAACACUAUGGUAUUGCCAAAUUGAUUGAUCCCGAAGAUGUUGAUAAUGACAAUCCCGAUGAAAAAAGUAUUUUCUUGUAUAUAUCUCAUUUGUAUAAAAUUUGUCCAUCAAUUCCUGAACAUCCAUUUCAACAAAAUUAUGAUCAAAUUUCUCUUGAAAGUCAGUUAUCUUACGAAUACACUUGUUUAGCAUCAGAUCUUUUAAAAUGGAUUAAAUUAAAACUUCGCAUGUUCAAUAGUGAAGUAUUAAACCAAAAGACUCUUCACGAAUUAAAAGCAUUUCAAAAUGCUCUUCAGUUGAUACGACAAGAUGAAAUGAUCAAAUACAAUCGUCUUUUACAAAGAAUGGUUGCCAUUGAUUUUGAACUUCAGAAUUUACAUUUGAAUAAACCGCAACCUGAUAUUAAUUCAAUUAAUUUGACAUGGAAAAAAUUAGAAGAUAGUAUGGAAUAUAUCGAGAAUGAAUUAACAACAAUUUUGAAUAGAUAUGAUCGUUUAAAACCAGAAAUUGAGCGUGUACAUUUCGUGUUAAAUCAAGUAGAACAAGAAAUUACCAAGAUAGAACAAAUGUUUGAAUCAAAUUCACCAUUAUUUUACAAUGUUGAUGGUACAGUGAGUCGUCUAACAACAGGUCAAUUGAUAACAAGUUUAACAGAUAUACAAGAGCGAACUGAUAAUGCGUUGAAUAAUUGUCGAUCAUUAUGUACACUUACACAACCAAAUAAUCCACAUCCUGAUGUUAUUCAAUUGAUAGACAGGAUUGAAUUUCUCAAUCGGCGCGUAAACGACUUGAAUAUUCAUCUAGGUCAUUUAAAUUCUGAUAAUAUUCGACAUACUACAAAACAACAACGUCUCAGUGGUCCUUCGCAGUCAAAUAAAUUAUCUUCUCCAAUAACAACAACAACGAGAAUUGUAGAUCCACCCAUCGUUGUUCAAAACAAAAAUAAUGUUGAUCUUGUCGAAUAUCUAAAUAGUUGUCUGAAUUGGGUUAAACAAAAACAGAAUACAACAGAUCGAUUUGAUUUGGGAUCUGAUUUACCAAGUACAAUAACAGAUAUUGAACAGUGUGAAAAACUCUCAAAUGCUAUUGAUGAUUUUGAAACAAAAAUUCAACAAUGCAAACAAAAUAAACAUUCUAUUUCAAUUUCUGAACAAAAUAUGUAUGAUCGUGGUUUAUAUGAAUUACAAGCAGCUUAUGCUCAUCUUAAUAGUUCAAUAAAACGUUUGAAUCAAACGUUAGCUGACUGGCAUCGUUUUAUGUCUUAUUCAAAUGAUUUAUUAAAAUGGAUAAGUAAUGCUGAAUCAAAUGAAAUUGAUCGUGAAUGGACAGAUAUAACGGAUCGAACAUUAAUUAACCAAUAUAUGCAACAAAAAAAAAAUCUUGAAAUAUCAUUAGAAGAUCGUCUUAAAGAUUGCGAAAGACUUGAAUAUUUUACGCAUAGUAUUAAUCGAGAAAAGCAUAUCGAAAUUGAAUCAAUUGUACAGGAGUAUAUGAACAAAAUUCGUGUUGGCUUAGAUCGUCUAAAAUCACUUUUAUUUUGCUUUAAUAUUCAUUUGAAAAAUGCCGAAGAAUAUAAUCAGUUUUUUGAUCAAGUCGAUACAAUUCGAUAUGAAAUAAAUAACGUCAAUGAAAUCUUGUGUACAUGUAUGAAUCAGAUUAAUAACGAUGAACAUCAUCCAUAUUCAAUUGAUCUAAUUCAACGAUGCAUCGAUGAUGUUAUGAUAAAAAAAGCUUCAAUUGAACAACAAUAUGAACAUUUACAUCAUUUGUGUCAAAUGAUUAAACCAUUAGAUAUCCAUCAACGGAAAAAUAUUAAAAAUGCCAUAGUCUUAUGUUCUUAUAAUUUCGAGCAGAUUACAAUAAUGAAAGGUGAAACAGUAAACAUUGAUGAUUGUUCUAAUUCAAACUGGUGGUUAGUUCAUCGUCGAAAUGAUGCAAACAAUCGUAUACCAAGUGUUAUACUUGAACUAAUACCACCGAGUCCCGAAGCCUAUUUAAAACUUGAUACUAUUCGAAAAGAAUUAGAAGAAUUAAAUCAAUUUUUAUUCGAUAUUAAUGUUUGUUUGAUAAAAGAUGAUUUACAAUUGAAGAUAAAUCGUUUAUUGGAGUGGGAUAUUAAUAAAUAUUGCUCUGUCAGUGAACUAGAACGAAAGGCAUUAUUAAACGAAAUUGACGAGCAACUAGAUAAAAUUGUCACUAACGAAGCUGGUUAUACAAAUUCGAAUUCUAAAAUAUUAUUAAACGAACAAUAUCGUGUACAUCAACAUUUUCUUAAUUUAUCUGACCAAAUUGAAAUGUUAACCGAAUCAUUACAUAAUCUCCCAUCAACAUCGCAAAAUCGUCUAGUAGUCAAUGAUGAUUUAAAAUCAAUUGAGACAAAAUUAACUCAAUUGAAAUCAAUUUUGAAAUCUCGUUUAACGACAACAAUACCAAAAACAUCGGACGAUUUAACUAUAUUAUUCAAUGAACAUAAGUUGAAAUAUUAUUGUGGAAAUAAAUCAGAUUAG